AUGUUCUGCGAGUAUGCCAAAGACUUUUUGGCAGCUAUGCAGAAGACGCAGAGCAAAUUUGGAGAUGACGAUCAACAUGCGCAAGCGGAAAAUUGCUGUAAGCAGAACCAGCACUUCCAGGCCGCAUAUCCUGACCCAAAGACCCUGUUUGCCAACAUCAUCAUUUGUGGCGAAGCUCCGCCACCGUCCGUCGUAGAAGAAGCCAAGUCAGAGGCGCCCUCCUCACCUGGGGCGGUAGAGGUACCUUGCACGUCAAAACCAGAUAUGCGCAGCUCGAACACCUAUGAAUCAGUCCUGUCACGUUUAUCGGAUGGAAGCAGCGGUACCACACAGCUCAGCCGGAGAGUGGAGAUCCUGGAAGACCAGGGUUUGAGGGCCUUCGUGGAUGCGUGGAUGAGCAGCGACAAGGAUUGUGAUGCAUCUCAAUUGCCACAGGCUCUCCAGCAAAUGAUACCUGAGCUUGAUCCGACGACUGGAACGCAUGUGGUCUUCAGCCAACCUGCUGAAAGAGACCGAGGUGAAUCCUCCUGCAUCAGUGUGCUGGCCCUGGUGGGGGGCAGGUAUGAGCUUUUCACCCAGCCCCAGGCAGAUAGCGUGAAGCUGCUCGAGUCACAAUGGCUAGAACUUCAGCAGAUCAUCUCCUGGAUUGAGCCAGAGCCAGAAGAAGUCCAUGCCGUUCUUGUGCUGCUGGCCAUCCGGGGGCUGGGGAAGUCCAAGACGGUGAUGCAGCAGCUGCCCGCCGAGAUGCGGCGACCGGAGCGCGGCGUGAUCCACCUGAGCCAAAGUCGCCAGAAUGUGGUGCCUUCAAUCCGCUGGCUGAGCGAACGGGGCGUCCAACUCUUCGAAGAAGCUUUGAUCACUCACGAGCUUUUCAACUUAGCGCAGAUGCUCCAAGGGGAGAAUUCCCCGGGCAAUGUCAAGGAGCUGCGGGUACACAUCGAGCAGAAAGGUGAUGCAAUUUUCCGCUUCUACAUCCUUUUUUUGCUGGGCUUCAUGAGCGGCUUGGCUGCGGGGCAAGGGUCCCGUUUCAUGAACGCCAAGAAUGCGGAUGCCACGAUUGGUGGGAUCCGAGUCCUCCAAAAGCUCAUGACUGUGAAUGCUACAGCGAUCUAUUGGGGCUACUUGGCCCUAAGAGCGGAGAAACUGAUGCUGCCCUUCAACAGUCCCGAGGACUUAGUGCUGGUGCGCCUGGCUUGUCUGGCACGAGUUCAGGACCAGAAAGGCUAUGAAUCCUUGCGCUUUGCUUGGCUGGGUUUGGGCAAACGCGAGCGUACCUCCUUGACCGACCACUUCCUGGCAGACGGUGUGGAGGAGCUGGCCUUCGUGCUGGAGUUUCUGCCCAAUUGUGUCGCCAACGCCAAGGCCAACCCAUUGAUUGGUCUCACCUGCCUGCUCGAUGUCCUCACCGACCUGCUGGCAACCCUGCGAACCAAGGUGGCAACUAUGCCAAAGCAGCCAAAGUUGUUGCCGGUGGACCUGUCGGACAUGGGGGAGUUCAUCUCAGCUGUGCGGAAUCGCUUUGUGUUCACCACUUGCAUCUCCCGGUGCCAGCUGAAGUUUGCUCAACAGAGAGUGCGUGUGGAGAUGACUGGUGGCAACUGGGGUCGAGCCAACGACCGCGAUUCAGAUCUUACCAGCAUAGCAUACACAAUUCAGGAUCUGGUCAUGAAGCAGGAGAAGGUUCAAGAUCACUUCUCGCAAGGAUGCCAAGAGAGUUGA